AUGAGGUCGCCACAAAACGGCAAAAAGGGCCCAACUAAACCCGGUAAGUCCAAAAAUUUGCCAGCCUACUCGAAAAUUCCAUCGCCUCAGUCGUCCGAAAUGCCCGGAGAGUGGCCUAACAUUGAUGGUGAGAACCAGAGAUGUAACGUGUCUGGAAACGGUGCUGAGAAGAAAAUUAUCUGUUAUUACAAAAAGACAAUCUAUGGUCCUGAUGGACAAGAAACCAUCUGGAUUCGUAAAAGCUGGACGAUCAAUCAAGAGUCGAGCAGCGAUUUCGAUCUAUGGAAUGAAAAGAAAGAAGACUGA